AGACCAGGUGAACUGUAUAUUUUCACAACCUAAGAAGGAAGGGUUAUCAAGCAAAUAACAUAUUUGCCGUAAUGUGCAUAUUUUGACACGGCAGGAACAUUUUCAAACACACAGUAGCGCUCGUUCCAACAGAUGACGCAAGUCAUUUUUGCCUGUUCGCUGAGGUGCCCCAGUAGGCAACCUUUUAUUAGUCUGGUUCCCAUGUGUUCAAAAAUCAAUAAAAACGUGUCUGUUUUGGUAACAGGCUAUAAUUCUAACUUCUCCCUAAUUCAGUCUACUGUUUUUCUCCCCAAAUACUAGGGUUUUUGAACAGUCUCUAAGCUGGGCCCCUUUGGGCGUGGGAACCCGGAGUACUCUCACACUCAUUCUGUUCAACAAACGCACACAGAGAGUGGAUUCUUAAAUGCAUCUAAAAACAAAUACAGCCGUGAAGGACUCUGCCAGAAAACAAACUCCAGUGUUCUUUCUAAAGUAGCAUUCACAGAGAAAAAUACGUCAUUUGUAUACCCCACACCCCAGGGGGCUACACUUGACACUGAUUCACUCAGCUGGGAGAUCCCACACCAAAGGGCAACUUUGGAAAAUCGGUAAUAAAAGGCAACUGCUCUUCAGGUCAGUCCCAACAACCCCUUGCCCCCUCACACCCAACCUUCGUCGGCAUAAAUGCAGCUCAACUCUGAUUUACAGAAUCUGGUUUAUUUCUACCUUCCUCUGGUGCCCCCGUUAGGAAUAUUUUUUCCACUUGACUCGCCUAUGCUGAGGGGGAGGUAAGCUACUUCUCUAGGACCAGCUGCCAUGCUUUUGGCUGCUGUUUGAAGCAGGGAGCUUAUCACACAUAAAUUGACAUAGAAGCUUGGCUGCCCCCGGAUAAAAAAGCCUAUGGUCCAUUCAAGGAUUCCUCCAAAAAAACCCUGAUAACAUGUCCAGUGCCCUCAGCUCAAGGCGGAAGUACCAGUCCCUCAUACACUGAAAAAAAAAAAAAAGCAGGGAGUCUUCAGAUAGCUGGUUCUGCAGUCCCCAGGACCAUUCUCCUGUCCUCAGGCAUGGCUCGUGUGGGUCUGGUGGCCAACAACGUGAACCUCAAACCUGAGUGCAUUCGAGUGCGGGGCCUGGUGGCCCCUGAUGCCGAAGGCUUCAUGCUGAACCUGGGCACAGAUGGCAACAGUCUGUGCCUGCAUUUCAGUCCUCGCUUCAAGGUACACAGGGCUGUCAACAACACUGUGUGUAACAGCAAGAACGCAGGGAUGCGGGGGAAGGAGCACCGAGAGCCUGUCUUCCCCUUCUACCGAAGUGCUGCAGAGGUGUGCAUCACCUUCAACAAGGCAGAGCUGACCAUCAAGCUGCCAGAUGGAUACACCUUCAAGUUCCCCAACCGCCUCAACCUGGAGACCAUCAAUUACAUGGGAGCAGAAGGUGACUUCAAGGUCAAGUGUGUGACCUUUGAAUGAAGGCAGCCAGAAACCCAUCACCCCCCAUAAAAGCAGCUGCCUCUGAACCAGCAACAAUAAAA